CAGUCGUCUGUUUGCACGUACGGCACGACAAAUAAUUAACCGCACUUGAAGUGUUCGUUAAAUAAAAACACCCAAAACUGUAUACGGUCCCAUAACGAAGACCAACUGUACGUCGAUACGUGAAAUUCUGGAGGAACGGCGUGACGUGGGGACGUAAUGACGUGUGCCGUUAAUCACUCUAUGUUCUAGAACGUGUAAAACAGGAACAAGGAAUAUUCUAAAAGCGACUCAUGUAAACACCUUAAUCAGAAUAUCGUCUUAUUCAGAAUACGGUCGAUAAUUAGAUUACUGCUGUCCGUGUAAACCUCGUCAGUGAGUACAGUGUUUAAUUUGUUAAAGAACAACAUGUUGUACUUCUUAUCCGUUUACAGUUACAGAUUAUGUUGUGGAAUGUGUAUGUGUGUGGAGAAAUGCCCAGUCGUGUGUGUGUGUGUGUUAGUAGAGGAUCAGGAGUGUAUUGUGAACAGGAGUGUAUUGUAGCACUCACUCGACGUCUCUAUAAACGAGCUGAAACACUUUUUUGUCUCGUCUGUUUUGUGUACUGUUUAAAUAAUAAUAAUAAUAAUCCGGCACACUGCCGUCAGGCGAGCGGAGGUUUUUGUUCACCGAGCCGCCUCGAACCGUCCGAGUCCUAAAUCCACCCUAGCGACCGUCACGCUGCUGAGAGGAGUGUGUUCGCUGUUUCCUGUGGGCCGUAGUGGUACUGUGUGUGUGUUUAAUCUGUUUCUAAUACUUUCAAAGAAUAUUAUCCGCUUCAAAAUAGAAUUAAAUAUAGUUAAAUAUAAUUGGUGUUUCAGUUAGGUUUUUUUUUUUUUUUUUAUCCAGAAAAGCUUAAGCUUCAAACUUUUAUUACAGUUUUGAUUCUUUGAGCUUGAGCCGUUAUGAUAAUCUCGACAUCGUGAUCAAUUCUGUUAGGGGAUGUGAUAUUUUCGGAGGACUCGAGUGUAUUUUCGAACAUUUUUAUGUUUUUAAAAAAUAAUAAUAAUAAUUUAUACCGACUGGUCGGAAGUAGCUGAGUUGAUCUGAGUUGAUGCUCAGGUUACAGACCAGUAAGGAAACAGUGAAAAACCGAAUUAUUAUUUUUUUUUUCCAUACUGUACUUAAUUAAGAUUAACGUGCUCUAAUGAUCAAACUUCGUUAUCUCUCAGACCUACCCUCUCCCACGCCCCCUUCACCCCCCCGCCCUUUUUUUUUUUUUUUUUUUUACACCUCCCCCUCAGACAGCGAGCGAUGGCUCAGGAGACGAAUCAGACGCAGGUGCCGAUGCUUUGUACCAUGGGAUGCGGCUUCUACGGAAACCCUCGUACCAACGGCAUGUGCUCGGUCUGCUAUAAGGAGCACCUGCAGAGGCAGCAGGCAGGUGGGCGGAGCAGCCCACCUGGUGAUAAAGCUGCUUCCUCACCAUCAGGGUCUCCAGGAACCCCCGCUGUAACCGUGGAGACGGACCCUGACCCCGUCUCGGAAACGGCGGCUCCAUCAGAGGAGACCAGCAGCUCAUCCGGACCGGUCACUCAGCAGAUGACGGCCAUGAGCAUCUCCCAGGACACCGCAGCCACCGACUCAGACCGAGCCGACGACGAGGAAGACGAAGCAUCGUCCAAAAGCACAGGUCCAGCCGCAGAGGCAGCGCAGGCCUCGUCAGACGGAGAUCAGACCCCCGACCAGAACAAGAAGAAGAACCGAUGCUUCACCUGCAGAAAAAAAGUCGGACUCACGGGCUUCAACUGUCGCUGCAGUAACCUGUUCUGCGCGGUCCACCGCUACUCGGACAAGCACGAUUGCCCGUACGACUACAGAGGAGCGGCGGCCGCUCAGCUCCGCAAAGAGAACCCCAUCGUGGUGGCGGAGAAGAUCCAGAAGUUAUGAGGACUGAUUAAAAGAACAAACGAACAAACAGAAAUGUGUUUGACCUGCAGAUUUUAUCAGAACGAUGGCGCCAGCGAUUUGUGAUCCGGCUCCGAUCCUCCGUGGAGCGCUGAACACGCCUAAAACCCCACGUCUUCCCCGACUCUCUUUGAGUGACAUAACUGCGUGCGUGUGUGUGCGUGUGUGUGCGUGUGGUUGAGAGUCAGGGGGAGCACUUGUGGGUCUGGUGGGCUUUGUUUUUUUUUUUUUUUUGUUUUUUUUUGGUAGGGAUAAAAUUAACGUUUCCUUUUCACGGGAUUAGUGAUGUGUGGGUGUGGUCUCUGAGAAAAGGGGGCAGGAGGUUCGUGAGGCGGAGAUUCCGUCCCUUAUUUUAAUCCUUUUUAUCAUGCGUCAUCGAUUUUUAUUAGUUUCCAGAACUUCUCUUUCACUUCGAGUGAGGUGAUUUUUGUUUCUUUUCCUCUUUUCCCCUUUCCUGUUUUAAUGAGCGUAUGAAAGCGUAUCAGAGGAUCUAUAUUAAUAUAUUGUAGUUAGCUCGAAUAGUGUGAUUGCAUCCUAUUUAUUAUUAUUAUUAUUAUUAUUAUUAUUAUUAUUAGUUUUUGUUGUUGCAUUUUUCAUUUGCUCGAGUAGCGAAAAAAAGAGGGAAAACCCCCAGCUUCGUCCUUUCGAUUACAUGACGCGGCCGAGCCACAGACGAGAGACUGUCCGUCAUAUCGAAGCACAACGUCAUCGCGAUGAUCCGAGCGUCCCUGACGCCUUCGCACCAGAGCGGAUUUUAUUUCUUUUCCUGACCACAAAUAUUCCUGACCACCAGCAGACCAGCGAACGCCGGACACAUCGAAACACACCGUGCUCCGAUGACGAUGUCACGCAGGAAGUCGUCACCGCCUCCAGGAAGACAGACGAGACUCGCGUUCCUGUAAGGUGAUUAGCAGCGACCCUGAACCAGGCUAAACGCAAUGGCGUCGUACGGCUCCAGCGUGACGCGACGCACGGCCCGAACUGCGUAUCCGACGCGUCACGGAACGCGAUAUUGUUCCUAUUUUCCGAAACAUCACGAAGUGAUCUCGUAAAACCACAAUUUAAACAAAUAAUUUUUUUUUUCGUCUAAUGUAUAUACCCCACCGCUGCUUAUCCAUAUAGUUAUAAUCCAUCGUAGAGCGUGAUGAGGUUAGCGCGCAGGCGAGGGCGAGAUAAUACUUCAUAAAACUACGUGUAUGUUUUCAAAUGUAUGUAUCCAGUCCUAAUCUGCUACUCGUACCGAAGCGGAGGAAUGAAGGAUGAGUAUCGGGGUGGGGGGGGGGGGUCUUUAUUUAUUCGAAAGGGCUGAAGUAAACGGGCGUGGUCUAGUGGGUGGGGGGAGGAGUUUGGGGCGGGCCCGGGUUGCAGGGUUUCUACAGUAUUCGUCUUCGAACGUCGUCGUAUAGUUUUCUGGUCCGCUCAUGUUUUUUUUUUUUUUUUUGCAUCGCUUGUUUAUUUGUUCAUUUUUUGUUUUUUAAACCUAAUCAAAGGCCCAAAGAGUUAAGGAUCAACCCCAUAUAAAAAUAAAUAAAUAAAUAAAUCUGAUGGACACGACCUGGCUUGCAUAAACAUAGAAGUAACGCUGGUGUACCGAAACGUGUCUCCCUUUCUCCACGUGUCCGUUCCCUCCUCUUCUGGUCUCAGGAUUUCUCCGUCCGAUCCGCCCGAGAGCCGUCCGCAAGCCUCCGAGCUUCCGUCGGCUUCCAGAAGAGUAGGAGGGUCACGGCUGUCGAUCACGCGAUGCGGGGGGAGGGGGGGGGGGUUUGCGUGCACGUUUUUAUCGUUGACCGUUCGAACAAAAUGGCGUCCGAGCACGAUUCCACAGAACCGCGUAGUCUGAUGGAGAAAUUAAAAAUUUGACUCGAGGAUUUUCGAAUUUUAAAGUGACUCACUUUAUUUAGAUGAAUUAUGUACAGUGUAUUGCGUAAGCAUCCACCCCCUUGAACUUUUUUUUUUCUUUUCUCUCCCUCUUUUUCUCCCCCUCCUCUCCAUGUUUUGUACUGUUACAACCUGGACCUGAAAUGGCUUUAACUGGGAUUGUGCCUUGAAUCUACGCAAAAUAGCCCAUUAAUAUUGCACUGCAGGGAAUACCUAUACAGUUCAGGUUAUUUACAAAUAAAACAUAAAGGUGAAGCAUCGGCGUGUCGGUUCUGGUUCAGCCGGUCGCCAUCAGGAGUCACAUGUUCAGUCGAACCCAGUCGUCGUGUACGAUAUCUCAGGAUCUCUAGAGUGUUCGAGAACAUGCCUAAACACACGGCAAGAAAUCCAGGAGAACGUUCUGGAAAAGUAUCAAGCAAGGUUUGAUUAUUAAAAAAAAAUAUAUAUAUAUAUAUAUCACAAGCAGCCUACAGAGUGACAAUAAAGCCAUUAUUAAUGAUUUAAUUUUUUUAAUUGGGAAGAAUAUGACUGCAGCUCUGCCUAGAGAGAAUGUCCACCAAAAGGGGUAAGUAGAGAAGCAACUAAGAGACCAAAGGGAACGUUGAAGAUGAUGCUGCCACCACCGUGCUUCACAGUAGGGCUGCGACUCGGGGUGACGAGCGAUCUCGUCUUAAUGCCGAGGCUGAAAAAUUCACUUUUGGUCUCAUCAGACCAGAGAACCUUUUAACCUUCUUCUUCUUCUUCUUCUCACCACUUUUUUCCCGUCAAGUCCAGCUUUGUGAUUAUCCAAAGAACAGCUUCUCCCAUCUGAGCCGUAGAUCUUUCCCGUUCCCCUCGGGUCGCUCUUGACCUGCUCACUGGCUCUCGCUGGACUUGUUUCGGUAGCUCCUCCAUGGCCAGGUCUUCACGAUGCUCCGUGUUUUUAGAAAUGUUCUCUACCAGACUCCGGGUUCUCCCAGGAACAAGGUGCGUUUACUGUACAUCGAGAUGAUAAUCCGCGCUUUAUUUACACACGGGUCGCCUAGAUUUUUAACUAAAUACGUGACUCCCGAUGUAAACCGGCUGCACCAGCACCAAUUUAGGGGUCUCCGAUACUCAAACGUCGCCUUUUGUGAUAUAAAAUCUAGAUUAUUUUCCCCUCCGCGCGUAUAACCUGCGCAAUUUUGUGUCCAUUCACGACGUCUCAAUCCCGAUCGAAGUCGAUUUCAGUUCCAGGAUGUAACGGAACAAAUCAUUUAAAGGGGAGGGGGGGUGAAUACUUACGCAUGUCACGUUAUUCGGUGUGUUCCCACCACAAGCAGUUUUAAGUGGGCUUUAGUUACACUAAUCCUCAGAGAUUUGAACCAACACGAGCUUCACAGCUGCUGUUAUAAAACCUGUUCGUAAACUUAAUCAGAAUCACAAACGCUCACGUCAGCAGUUUUGAGCAGAGAGUAACGUUUAGAGAUUCAUUAGUCGGCUCAUUUGCGUAAUCCGGCACGUGAUCCGUAUAUCAGUAGGACGCUUAAAGUUGUUUGUUUUUUCCUCCCGAUGACGAUUACGCAAACGAUAUCUUGCAGGAUUCGUAUUUUCACAGGAGAUUGUUUUAAUAAAUAAUAAAUAAAAUAAAAAGGAACGGACGGAAAUGAUCGGACUGAUUCGUUGUUUGUUUGUUUGUUUGUUUGUUUUUAACAUUGAUGCGAUAAGUCCCCGUCGUGCACCUCCGUUCACCUUCUGUAACGACUCCAUGUGUCGUGUUCUGUGGAAAUGUACGUUAGUCUGUCGAUCCGUCCCGUGUGUGUGUGUGUGUGUGUGUGUGUAAACGUUCUGAAAUGAUGUAGAAACUGCGAGAUACCUCAGAAACGCACGUGACGAGAGCAGAUGAAGUGUUUUUGUGUGUCGUCCGUCACGUUUUGUUCCCUCCGAUCCGCUGUGACGCUCCGUUCUCCACACACACCGCCGAUUUACAGUCUCUUUACUUUUUGCAGUUUUUUUUAUGUGUCAGAGUCAGUAUGAACACAAUAAAAUCAAAGUUUAUUUUAAAGUUA